AUGCUCAUAGUUGGAAUCUUCCUGACAAUGGUUACUAUUUUGGAAGCCCGGAUACAAGAACAAUGUCAUUGUGAUUCUUACAAGAAAUGUGAGACAAAAUUCAAACCAGCAAUGAGUUUCGGCAAAUGUAUGCACACCUGCAAGAGGAGGGUGAAAGGAGACUUACCCAAAGAGUUCGUAGAAUGCUUAUCGGAAUUUGACCAUGUGCUCACGAAAACGCUCAAAUGCGCCCAUGAAGCAGUUGGUACAGGAUGCACAAGCAAUGAGAAGAAUGUUUUGAACAAAAGGAACUUCACGCUAUUUGAGGAGCUCUUUCUAAAAGACUUCCAUGAAAUUGGCGAGAAAGUUGACGUUUUUCACGAGUUUAGCAGCAAGACUGGUGAGAAUAUGAGUCGAUGUAUGUUGCAAUGCUUCUACCCAGCAGAAAACAUUUGUACCAGAACAAUGAAGUGCGGUUUGUUCAUGCCAAAUGAGCUGCGCUUACUGGACAAUUUGACCGGUUGUGCGCUCAAAAGUGAUGUUUCUAGGGGAAUCAUGAUGGAAAUCGCCACAUGCUUGAGAAGUGUGACGAAGAGAUCUAAAGCCACCAGCGACGAGGAGGACAAAGAAGAUAUAAAGAGCUGA